AUGCCAGACAUUAAACCAAGAAGAAGAUUUGGUGGGAAGAAAAGUCUGGAGGGAGCUUCUGUGAAGCCUGAAGAGCCAACCUCUGGUUUGGUGAAGAAAAGAAAACCGAAAACAGUUGGUCGAAUUAUGAAUCAGAUUCCAGAAGACAUUCUGAACAACGAAGACCUCAACAACUCCAUCAAGCUGUUACCAUCUAACUACAAUUUUGAAAUCCACAAAACGGUCUGGAAUAUUAAGAAACAAAACGCCAAACGAGUGGCUUUGCAAAUGCCUGAAGGGUUGUUGAUAUACUCUCUCAUUAUUGCUGAUAUCCUUGAACAAUUCUGUGAUUGUGAAAUACUGGUAAUGGGGGAUGUCUCCUAUGGAGCCUGUUGCAUAGACGAUUACACUGCAAGAUCCUUGGACUGCGAUUUUAUUGUACACUACGCCCAUUCAUGCUUGGUUCCUAUUGAUAUCACAGCGAUUAAAGUUUUGUAUGUGUUUGUAACUAUCACCAUUGAUGAAAAACACUUGGAAUCUACCAUCAGGAGGAAUUUCGAACACGGAACUCGAUUGGCCGUGUUUGGUACCAUUCAAUUCAAUCCGGCCAUACAUGCGCUGAAGGGUAAGCUGUUGGAACAAAAAUAUGAUACCGGUAACGAAUGCGAUUCGAAGAUCAUAUACGCCAUUCCUCCACAGACCAUGCCAUUAUCGAAGGGUGAAGUGCUGGGUUGUACUUCUGCCAGGUUGAACAAGGAACAAUAUGACGGAAUGAUUUAUGUCGGAGAUGGAAGAUUUCACCUGGAGAGUGCUAUGAUUCACAAUCCAGAGAUACCUGCUUACAGAUAUGACCCAUAUUCUCGUAAGUUUACCAGAGAGUAUUAUGACCAACAAGAAAUGAAUAGAGUGAGAGAAGAUGCGAUAAACGUUGCCGCAAGAGCUAAAACAAUCGGACUGAUACUAGGAGCUUUAGGAAGACAGGGAUCCCCUCAAACGUUAGCCACAUUGGAGGAAAAACUCAAAGCCAAGGGUUUGACGGUGGUCAAAAUAAUUCUUUCAGAGAUUUUUCCCUUGAAAUUAGCCAUGUUUGAUGGAAUUGAUGCGUUCGUCCAAGUGGCAUGUCCCAGAUUAAGCAUAGACUGGGGCUAUGCGUUCAGUCGUCCACUGCUAACUCCCUAUGAAUGCAUGGUGAUGCUUGAACAGGACAAGAUGUGGAAAUCAAAUUAUUAUCCCAUGGACUAUUAUCAUAAAGACGGCUAUGGGAGAGGAAAAGUUCCCGACCAUUCAGAUUUAUAG